CGAUCCGAUCUCCCCGCUCCGAAACACCUAGUAUUCCACGAAUUAUACCAUCUUACGGCUCCUAUGUUCAUAUUACGAAUACCUAUUAUAUCACGACAUUUACACCGCGGCGACUACUUCGUAAACUUCGAUACGACUGUCACAAAUUACGAGUACCACUGGAACAUAAGACAAGACAACGACUUACAUAUCAAGGUUCUCUUCAAAAGUUUUGUUGCUACAAUUUGACCCGAACGUAUAUGUAUACCUCUCAGUUUCGCGAACAAACUGACCACGAAAGCACCCAUGAGCGCCGCGUGCAUACCACGUCCCGAAAUGGGUUCCUCGCAACCGCCUGACGGCAAUGCGCCGUUCGGUUAUCAUGUUUCUGAAGAUUUCUUAUUUGUUAGAGCUCCAACGCCUCCUCCUGGAGAUCCCUUACUCAGUAACGACGAUAAUAGACUACUAAAUCUUUUCUUCGAGGACAUGACGUCUAACCAGUAUUCUACUUCGUAUGGUGAAGGACUGAACUUUAGCGAUCAAUGGAUAAGUCAACUUCCACCGGCCUUCUUGGGCCAUACAACAUCUUUUGGGCAGCAGCCUCAGCAGCCCUCAACUUCUUCCAUGAACGGAAUGCCCUCGACUACGUAUCAAGAUGUGUUCUCCUUCGCCCCCAGCAUAAUGCCGCCGCCAGUACCACCUCCACAACCGCAACCACCUCUACAACUCCAACAUCUCCAACACCAUAAUACGCCAGCUCCUCAUACGCCGAUACACACGCCGAUACACACACCGAUAGAGCAGAACACCCACGCCGAUGUGGCCGCGGUUCUCACAUCUCUUCACCAUGGCCAUCAGAAUGCAUACCCGUCGAAUGCCAAUGGCAUAAAUCGCACACCUAUUAUGCCCUCCCAACAUAAUACUGUCGUCGACCAAAUAAGACAACCGCUCCGAAAUCACAUUGGCCCCGAGCGGAAUAGCCCUGCCCAAUCAAGACAUGCACUUCCUAAUCAAGCUGAUACACUCUUUACGGACAUGAUGUUUGGAACCCCUCAGGGAAUACCGAGCCAACGGUCGAUCGAGACCACCGAAUUACAAUGGGGUUCCGACUCGAGUUUUGCGAGAGCUCAAGGUUAUAUUCCGCCCGAACACGAGGCUAGUGAGGUGCUCGAACAGAAGCGAAUGGGCGUCUUGAAGGUCCUCUCGAUCAGUGAAAGUGCGGCCACUACCAGACCUCCAACUCCUUUAGGUAACGGGGAAAGUUCGUUUAAUCCAUUACGUGAUUACAAUACGAAUGGGCACGUCAAGGAAGAACUCGGCCGGGAGGCCCCACCUGCGAAACGACGAAAGAGCAAAAGUAAAGCGAAGGAAGAAGUUGAAGAAGAGAUGGAAGAUUUAUCAUCUAUACCGCCGAGGUCUGUGGCAAGGAAGCGCAAAUCCAAGGCAGAUUUAAGAGGAACCUCGGAUGCAUCUUCAACAGGCCAAGAGACGCCCGGCAAGCGGAGGAAGUCUACUAUAAGCGCAGGGAAAGCACCGCGAGAAAACCUUACGGAUGCUCAGAAACGAGAAAACCACAUUAAGAGUGAACAGAAAAGAAGAGGUGCAAUAAAAGAAGGAUUUGACGAUCUUAGCGAGAUCGUUCCAAAUCUAAGGGGAGGUGGCUACAGCAAGAGUACCAUGCUUUCAAUAGCGGGGGAGUGGCUUGAAGCUCUGCUAAAGGGUAACGAAGAGUUGGAGCGAUUAUAGUUCGAUGUUUUCACACACGCACUUUAAGAACUACCUAAUGAAUACAGCGAGGGUACAAUAUCUCGAUAUUACGACAGAGUUUCAACUUGGCCAGGUCUUUUUGGGAGGGGGGAUGUGGGAAGCCGGGCAAUGAAAAAAGUUUUUUUAAGGGGGGUUGACUGCGGUCCCGGCGGUAUUUUGC